CUUUACCGAUCCUCUCUCCCUCUCUUGCUAUUGUCGCUCUCCCGCCCCCCGUCGAUCUUAACCCUAAUAGGGGCUUCGUCCGCAGGGUCGCGCCCCACCACACGUCGACGGGCGACUCCCGCGAUCCGCUGCCGGAGACCGGUCUUCCACCACCGGAAGAAGGAGAUCGAAUCCGCAGCGAGAAAGCCCGUAAAGCGAUUGACCUGUCUCGAGAGGGAUCUCCGGGUAUUGCCGGGGUCGAUUGUUCUGAACUGCCCAUCGUUUUUCAGAAGGUUUCUGAUCCAGAUGUGUUGAAAAACUAGCAAAACAGUCGGGGGAAAAUGGCGGAGACGGUGGUGUCCAGUUUCUGGGGACCGGUUACGUCCACCAUCGAGUCGUGCGAGAAGAACUACACGCACUCCUCGUACAUUGCUGAGUUCUACAAUACGAUAUCUAAUACACCUUGCAUCCUUCUUGCGUUCGUGGGGCUCGUGAACGCCUUGAGGCAGAGGUUUGAAAAGAGAUUUAGCGUUCUUCAUUUGUCGAAUAUGGCGCUUGCGAUCGGGAGCAUGCUGUUUCAUGCUACAUUGCAACGCGGUCAACAACAGAGUGAUGAGACGCCUAUGGUUUGGGAGAUUUUGCUCUACUUGUACGUCCUCUAUUCUCCAGAUUGGCACUACAGGAGCACCAUGCCGACCUUCCUUUUUCUCUAUGGUGCUGCUUUUGCCGUAAUGCAUUCACUGUUGCGGUUCAACAUAGGGUUUAAAGUACACUAUGUGCUCCUUUGCCUUCUGUGCAUUCCUCGCAUGUACAAGUAUUACAUACAUACAAAGGAGUUAUCGGCGAGGCGGCUGGCCCAUCUCUAUCUGGCAACAAUAGUACUGGGAAGUUUAUUCUGGCUGCUUGAUCGCAUUUUCUGCAAGCAGUUCUCAAAGUGGAAUAUCAAUCCACAGGGUCAUGCACUAUGGCAUCUUCUUAUGGGUUUCAAUUCUUAUUUUGCAAAUACUUUCUUGAUGUUUUGCCGCGCUCAGCAAUUGGGCUGGAACCCCCGGAUUCGACACUUUUUGGGGCUCCUCCCCUACGUCAAGAUCAACAAAGCCAAGACACAAUGAUCCUGGAAGAGGAUCAUAUCCUGGAUUCUUAAAGAGAGAUUCUGUUUUCAUAUUUCAUUUCCUUUUUCUCUAUAGUUGUCUCCUUUGGCAGGCAAGCGGUUUUUCUUUUGUAAGUGAGGGGUAAGGAAACUGAAUGUUUACAGGCUCACUGUUCACUUUUAGGUUUCCAUGUAAGCCACUGCUGCUUGUGCUGUAUCAUAUUAUUUAUUUGUGUUUUUCA